CUUAUAUUGACUCCUCCUUUAACUUUAGGCAUUCAACUACUGUAGCUGGGAGUGAACAUUUCAGACUCCAUCCACCAGAAAAUGUUACGUUUUUCCCAAUGUUCAUCAUUGCAUUCAAAUAAAUUAGUGAUUCAUUUUGUUGUAUUCUGAUUUCGUGUUCGCUUCCAUCAUGGCAAUCUCCCAGUUUGCGUUUUCCUUAGCAUCAUCUUCAUCAACUCUUUCAUCUACAACCACAUCUAUUCCAACUGUAACUACAACAUCGGCGACUACCAGCAACUCAGGUAUAACCAGCAAUAGCAAUCAUUCAUCAUCUUCAUCAACCUCUUCCUCGUCACCCUCAUCGCCCUCACCACCUUCACCACCCUCAGAGACAAAUAAAAAGGGUCACCAGGCCAAGCCACCUUUUUCUUACAUCGCACUAAUCACAAUGGCAAUCUUGCAAGCUCCAGAUAAAAAAUUGACUUUAAGUGGAAUCUGUGAUUUCAUCAAAUCCCGAUUCCCGUAUUAUAAGGAAAAAUAUCCAAUGUGGCAAAACUCGAUUCGACACAAUCUGUCGUUGAAUGAUUGUUUCGUCAAGAUACCAAGAGAACCAGGUAACCCGGGUAAAGGCAACUAUUGGACUCUUGAUCCUGCCUCUGAAGACAUGUUUGACAAUGGGUCAUUUUUGAGGCGAAGGAAACGCUAUAAAAGACAACAGGUUGACCUGAUCAAGGAAGCAUCGGCGUUUUGUAUGGCCGCUUCAGCUGGAUUAGAUCCUUAUGGACGAUUCCCGGUCAAUCAACAUUCACCUCACAAUCCUGCUUUUAUUCAUCCCGUUUUAGCUGGUUAUCCUUACUUAACACAUUUACCUUUGAUUAGACCACAUGAUAUUGCGAUGCGACACUCACCACAACUCUUUAACUCAACUAGACCUCAAUCAACGCCAACAACAAUCAAAUCUUCUAUUUUCUCCAUUGAUAAUCUCAUUGGAAUCAAAAGUACCUGAUCAACCAAAAUUGUAUUUUAAUGCUCAUCCAGAAACUCCAAUGUUGCCCAUUUGUUUGUCAUUUUUUGCUU